GGCUGAAUCGGACUCGGAUGCACAUCUCAGUCUUUCGUGAGCUGUUCCACGCUUCACUUCACGGUUCCUGGAAAGAAGUCGGUGGGGUUGAGAGUGAUUCAGGCGAUAAGGCUUUGUGUUCUGUUCAUCAACCAGCAUGAAUGAAUCCUUCGGGACGUUCCAGUUCUCCUGCAACGUGAGCCCGCACUCACCGCCUGAUCUUUACAUCAGCGUCACUAAGCAGGAGCCCUACCACAUCGCCAUCCCUAUGACCAUAUUCUACAGCGUUCUCUUCAUCUUUGGGGUCCUCUUUAACGGCGUCAGCAUCUUGACCCUCCUCACCGACGCCCGCAUGAAGGCCAGCGCCAUCCAGCUCUAUCUCCUCAGCCUGGUUCUGUCCGACAUCCUCCAGCUGCUGACUAUCCCCAUCACUGUGUAUCGCUAUUACUGGGAGAGCUACCCCUGGAGGCUAGGAGAACCUCUGUGCAAGGCUUAUUUCAUGGUACGUCAGAUGUACUGCGCCACCACCAGCUGGGUCAUCCUGGCGUUCACCACCGAGCGCUACGUGGCCAUCUGCCACACCAUGUGGUCCCUGUCCAGUCUCAGAAGGUCCCGGCUGCCCUGCCUCUUGGGCUGGAUCUGGCUGAUAUCAUUGGGCUCGUCUGUGCCCUUCGCCUUGGUCUACAGACACGCCCGGGCCUGCAUACUGGACUACGGCGCCACCUCACCCGACAAAGUCUUCGUGGUGUCCACCAUGUGCGAGAUGACCGAGCAGGAACCUUCUCCCGUUUACAAGGGAGCCCUCCUGCUGAGGGGCAUCCUUUGCUUCUUGGUGCCGCUCAUGUGCAUCUUCACGCUGUACGUCCUCAUCAUCAUCCACUUCCGCUACAACAGCCGCCAGAGGACAGCCAUGGGCAUCACCAGGGCGGUCAACAGCGGAGGGAACGCGCAGUGCCUCCAGGACGGGAAGCUGCUCCUUCAGGAAAAGCGGGCUUUGCGACUUAUGGGUGCGGUGGUGGUGGCCUUCUUCAUGUGCAACUUCCCUGACAUCGCCUCAUCGCUCAUGCAGGUGUACGUGGACACAUGGUCUGGGACGGUGCUCGCAGUCUACACAGUUCUCAAGUCCUACCUGUCGCUGCCUCUCUGGUACGUCAACAGCGCCCUCGAUCCCAUCCUCUUCUGCAUCUCCUCCAACGUGUUCCGGAAGGCCUGCUGGAAAACCAUCGGCCCCCUCAGGCCUCGGUGUCCUCACGUCUUCAGACACAAGAGCCCUGCUUCGGUGACGAGCAUGGCCAGCCAGAACUCCACAGGGGCGGCCAGUACAUCUGCCUAAGGUGCUUUCAUUUGGCAGAGAGAGCGUGGAGAUGACGCUGCAGCAGGAACACUUGUCUGCGCUGUAAUUAGCGACAUGUUCAACCUUCCGGUGUUGCUUAAUUUGGUAAAUUAACACGUUUCGCUUGAGGUUUAAAUCAUAGCAGCAUGGCUCUGUUUUGUUUAUGCUCUUCUGUGUGAAGGACAGUCUCAGCUGUGUUGAAUGGCUUUAAAGCUAAUUGGUAUCAAAUUGGUUGCUUGGUUCUUGCUGUUGUUUGUAUUGUUGCUGUUACAAAGGACAAAAUGUUGAUUUCAUACACAAUUUCGCUCCAAAAAUGGGGUGAUGACUUAGUGAUUGUGUGAUGUAACUCAGCCCCGUCUUGCUUCCCUAUGAUGUAAAACCCUCCCCAUUUGCGUUGGACCUGCACAAGCACAUUCUCAGAUCUUAACUACCUCUUGUGAACUGCAGAUAUAAAUAUGAUACUGUACAGAAAGACAUUCAUUCGUCGUACGACUGCAUGUGAUAUUUCCCCAUCUUUCUUUUGGAGGUGUUUUAACGGUUAAUGUGAAUCGUUUUGUACGUAAUCGUCGCUCUGGUUCUUUGACCUUUAACUGAAUAAACUGCAAAGCCACUCGAAGAGCACGCUUGCCAAAGAGAUUUGUUCUUGGAGCGUGGACUACCCCUAGUGGUGGAAAACAGUGAUGAGAACAGACACACUGCAGGUCCAAAUGACUACAGAGUCUG